AUGGAGUACCUGCACACCCCAAAUGGAGCAAAUCAUAGAGCGAGAAGCACAGCGGAAGAGUCCGGAACGACGGCAACUGUUGGGUGCCUGGGUGCCUUAGAGAUGUUGAUUAAGAUCAUGAUGAGUCUUAUCGCGAUCUACGGCCUACGAUGGAGACAGGUUGACUUUACUGCGGCCUAUCUCAAUGCUUCAAGAGACGAAGCAGAAGUGGUCUAUAUGAGACAGCCUACUGGCUUUGAGUUCUUCGAUGCGAGUGGUGAUGUGGUUGAUGGCUUUACAAAGGCACUUGGCAAAGAUAAAUUUAAAGCAGUUUGUGAAAAGCUUCACCUUUGUUCCGAAGCAUAG